GCACUGCGCCCACAGCCCUGGACCAUUUGUCAGGACUACUCGUGAGACGGAGAAAAAAAAAAGAGAAAAUUUGGGGGAAGAAAAAAAGAAGAAAGAAUAUUGAAGACGUCAGUCAGUCCUAACAGCUGAACUGAAAUCAGCCCACAGUACAUGCAUCAUGAAUGAACCUGCUUCGAGCACAAGUGGCCAAGAAUUUGAUGUAUUCAGUGUCAUGGACUGGAAAGAUGGAGUAGGUACUCUGCCAGGAAGUGAUUUAAAGUUUCGGGUAAAUGAGUUUGGAGCCUUGGAAGUGAUCACAGAUGAGACUGAGAUAGAAAGUGUUAAAAAGGCCACUGCCACCACAACCUGGAUGGUGCCUACUGCACAAGAAGUUUUUUCAGAGAAGACAGGGGUGCCUUUCCGGUUGAAGGAAACAAUGAAAGUAGAAGGACUUCAGUUCUGUGAAAACUGUUAUAAGUAUGGCACUGUAGAUGAGUUUCUUUCUGGAGGAAAAUUUUGCAGUCAGAAAUGUGCACGUCAGAACAACGACAACAGGGAACAGAAGGAGGAAAAAGAUGGAGGUGAAGACAAUGAAGAAGAUGACUCUAAGUGUAGUCGGAAGAGGAAAGCAAAAUUACCUCUCAGAGUAGAGCCAAAGGAAGAUGGAGAGGAAAGAGAAGAUGAAAAUAGAUAUAGUUUUUCCUCUGAGGACUGCUUUAGCCGCAUCCCAGAUAUUUUGGAAAACAAGCAUGAUGGCAGAAUCCUGCGGGGCUCUCAGAGAGCCCGAAGAAAAAGACGAAAUGAUUCCACCGUUUUAAAACAGAGUUUACCUCCUAAGGGAAAGAAGGCAUGGUGUUGGGCUUCCUAUUUGGAGGAAGAAAAAGCUAUUGCAGUGCCAACUAAGCUUUUUAAAGAGUACCAGUCCUUUCCCUAUAACAAAAAUGGAUUCAAAGUUGGAAUGAAGUUAGAAGGUGUAGACCCUGAACAUCAGUCAAUGUACUGUGUUCUCACUGUUGCUGAGGUUUGUGGCUAUAGGAUAAGGCUUCACUUUGAUGGUUAUCCUGAUUGUUAUGACUUCUGGGUAAAUGCUGAUGCUUUAGACAUUCAUCCAGUUGGAUGGUGUGAAAAAACUGGCCACAAGCUUCAUCCACCAAAAGGGUAUAAAGAAGAGGAGUUCAAUUGGCAGACAUACCUUAAGACAUGCAAAGCACAAGCUGCUCCAAAGUCCUUAUUCGAAAAUCAAAAUACUACGGUGAUUCCAUCAGGUUUUCGUGUGGGAAUGAAACUUGAAGCUGUAGACAAAAAGAAUCCUGCAUUCAUCUGUGUUGCUACAGUAACAGAUAUGGUGGACAAUCGGUUUCUGGUGCAUUUUGACAACUGGGAUGAGAGCUAUGACUAUUGGUGUGAAGCAGCAAGUCCACACAUUCAUCCAGUGGGUUGGUGUAAAGAACAUAGACGGACCCUUAUCACUCCACCAGAUUACCCAAAUGUGAAGCAUUUUUCCUGGGACAAAUACUUGGAAGAAACUAAUUCUUUGCCUGCUCCUGCAAGGGCCUUUAAAGUGAAACCACCACAUGGAUUCCAGAAAAAAAUGAAAUUUGAGAUUGUAGAUAAAAGAAAUCCUGUGUUUAUUAGAGUAGCAACUGUUGCAGACACCGACGAGCACAGAAUAAAAGUGCACUUUGAUGGCUGGAGUAAUAGCUAUGAUUACUGGAUUGAAGCAGAUUCUCCUGACAUCCAUCCAGUUGGCUGGUGUGCAAAAACAGGACAUCCUCUUCAGCCUCCUCUUAGUCCUCUGGAAUUGGUGGAAGCCUCUGAGCAAGGAGGCUGCCCAACUGCGGGAUGCAAAGGAAUUGGCCACAUAAAGAGAGCUAGACACCCAGGCUACCACAGUGCUAUCAAUUGUCCUUAUUCAGAAAUCAAUUUGAACAAAGACCGUAUCCUCCCAGAUCGUUUAAGUGGUGAGAUGUCUCCAGCUAGCCCGUCAUUAACAAGGAAUAAAAAGACGGAAAUAAAUGAACGCUCCUCAUCUCCUGAAAUCAAAAAAUGUCCUAGUCCUGAGCACACUGACUCCAAAUCGUUGAUUCAGAAUCGAUCAUCUGGGAAAUCUGUGCCAGAGAAAAAUUUACAGGAGGAUAUGGAAGGUAAACCUCCUUACAAGAAGCCGCUGUUGUGUGAUGAUAACGAAAAGAAGUCAUCUAGAGAACAGCACAUUGAAGAUAAGCCUAUCAAGGAAGAAAGUGAAGAAGGGAUAAAAAAUGAAGUGAGAACUCCAAAUCAAACCAAAGGUAUAGGUGCAGAGCCAAGUUCACAGCAGGCUCAGCGCCGGUCAGCUGUCUUCCUCUCCUUUAAGUCACCAAUUCCUUGUCUGCCCCUGCGUUGGGAACAGCAAAGCAAACUUCUUCCAACUGUGGCUGGAAUUCCUGCCAGUAAAGUUUCCAAGUGGAGCACAGAUGAGGUGUCAGAGUUUAUACAGAGCUUACCUGGGUGUGAAGAACAUGGCAAGGUGUUUAAGGAUGAGCAAAUUGAUGGAGAAGCAUUUCUGCUUAUGACUCAAACAGACAUUGUUAAAAUUAUGAGCAUUAAGCUGGGACCAGCUCUAAAAAUCUUCAACUCUAUCCUGAUGUUCAAAGCUGCAGAGAAAAACUCACAUAAUGAACUUUGAGGACAGCGAAAGCCACAUUUCAUCCCUUUUCUGCUUUAAAGCUCAUGUCUUAUUCAAAGCACAAGGACUGUUGUAGCUGUUAAGUAAGAAUUCUUCAAAGUCGAAAAUCAGUGCUGCCAGAUUAUUUAUAUUCAUUGAGAGACAAUAUACAUGAAUUAUUAUGGAAGUGCUUGGGUUUUUAUUAAGGUACUGUAACAAAUAUCAUCUUUUAGUUCUAUUCAUUGAGCUAAAUUUACCUUUGUAAACCUUUUUGAGGCUUCAGAAAAAAAACAUUGUUGAUUAUUUAUGGUAUAGUAAGAUUGGGGGGGAGAGGGAAUUAUGAACUUUCUGCAUUUUGUAAACAUCGUUGAAUUAUCUUUCACUGUUUCUUUUUCAAUACUUGCAGAAACCUUUUUAUACAAUCAAAAUAAAAUGAACUUUAAACCCAGUUAGCCAAAAUCUGGCUACAAGUUUAGUCAGUUGGGACUGUUAUAACUAUUGUUAAUUUUGUGCCAUAUUUUGAAUCGCAACAUUUAUGCUGAAUAUAACUUUGCAAGUCAUGAAAUUGCCUACUUGCUUGUAAUAAUUCAUUGGGGCUGAACAGUUGUAAAAAUUAAUUUUUUAAGUAAAUCAGUGUUUUUACUUUUGCACGACUUAUGAAAUGUUAAGCAAAUUGCUUUUUCACCAGCGUCUUUACUGUAUUUACCAAAAGACCAGUAUAUAAAAGACUGAAAUUGAAAAAAAAUAAAACUUUACCUAAUGUAUUUGAAUGGCA